AUGAAAACCUUAAUAACACUUCAUAAUUUUGACUAUAUAAUCGAAGUAGUUAAAUCUGAAUCAGAAUAUGGGCCAGCACCUGAGUAUUUGUGUAAAUGUAAUGAUAUUCAAAGUGAAGUUUUUUUGUCACCUACGAAUGCAAUAUCAAGUGUUUAUCAAAAAAUAAUGAAUACUGCAACGAAAUUUUUAGGUCCAGCAAUAAUGGAAUUCGAUAAUUCAACUAUAUCUAAUAUUUUAAUUCAAGAUUUUCCCUUUCAAGUAUAUGCACUUAGUUUAGAAAAGUUACGAAUUUGGAUACUUGGUAUAGAAAAGUCAAAUAAAAGUGAAUGGAACUAUGCUGGAACUGAAUUUGAUGACGAAGAAUGCAAACUUACAAUUUAUAAUAAGCAAAUGAUAGUUUCAAAAACUUUUACUAAUAUUAAUCCUGAUCAAUUAUGGAGCCAAGUUAAUUGUUUACAACAAUAUAAUGGGAAAAAACUUUUUAGGUUAGAAGAACCCUAUAUGCAAAACCUAAUUCAGUCUAUUAAAAUACUCACCUGUACGUUAGAUAAAUGGAAUAAUAGUCAAAUAAUGGAAUGUGUUUUUAAUUAUCAUCUAAAAUGUAGAAUUUUGACUCAUAAAGCUAUGUUAAAAGCUGUAGGAUAUACGGAAAUAACACUAUUUAGUAAAGAUCAAUCAGAAUUUAUAUUUUGGUCAAGAUCGCAUAAUCCUGAAAUCGACAAAACUAAUUUAGAAUUAUUGUAUAAGCAAAGAUUUUUAAAUCCAAUACCAUCUAAUUUCAAAAAUCAUACCACAACUUUUUGGGAAAGUUUUCGUCAAACGUUAGAUAAAAACAAACGUAGAUUUAAUGGAAAAACACGAAUACUAUCGAUUAUUGCUGAUAAUUUUACCUAUAAUGAAAUUAAAACCAAUUUAAAUGUAUCUAAUGAUGCAAUUUGCUAUGCAUACAGGCAUGCUAGACUUAAUGGUCCUGGAUGUGCUAUAUUAAAUAAGCCAAUUAUUACACGCCAAAAAAUUUCAGUUGAAAAACAGCAGGCUUUAGAUGCAUUUUUAAUGGAUAAAGCACAUGUUGUUAUGAGCUCAUAUAAAACUGAUACUGCAACAAAUGAACCAGUACAUUAUCUAAAACAUACCAAAAAAGCUCUCUGGGAAAAAUUUCAUGAACAAUAUCCUGAUAGAAUUAAGCGCACAAGUUUUUAUAAAAAACUAGAAGGUAAUAAAUAUACUUAUCGUGAGGAUUUGGGAGGAUUAUAUCAUACUUGUCAACAGUAUGGAUAUGAAAUAUUUUCUGAUCUUACUAAGUUUAUUGAUAAAUAUGUAAUACAAUUAUUAGAAAAG